AGCUAGGGGCUGGAGAGACUAUAUAAGGGUCACGCCAGCGCUGUGACGCAGUUAGAUCCGCUGGACUUCGUGACUGGCUGUUUGGAGCGCCGUCCUUGCGAAAAUGCAGAUCUUUGUGAAAACCUUGACAGGGAAAACCAUCACCCUAGAGGUAGAGCCCAGUGACACCAUUGAGAAUGUCAAGGCCAAAAUCCAAGACAAAGAAGGCAUUCCUCCAGAUCAGCAGAGGCUGAUCUUUGCCGGAAAGCAGCUGGAAGAUGGGCGCACCCUGUCCGACUACAACAUCCAGAAAGAAUCCACUCUGCACUUGGUCCUGCGCCUCAGAGGUGGUAUGCAGAUCUUUGUGAAAACCUUGACGGGCAAAACCAUCACCCUAGAGGUAGAGCCCAGUGACACCAUUGAGAAUGUCAAGGCCAAAAUCCAAGACAAAGAAGGCAUUCCUCCAGAUCAGCAGAGGCUGAUCUUUGCCGGAAAGCAGCUGGAAGAUGGGCGCACCCUGUCCGACUACAACAUCCAGAAAGAAUCCACUCUGCACUUGGUCCUGCGCCUCAGAGGUGGUAUGCAGAUCUUUGUGAAAACCUUGACGGGCAAAACCAUCACCCUAGAGGUAGAGCCCAGUGACACCAUUGAGAAUGUCAAGGCCAAAAUCCAAGACAAAGAAGGCAUUCCUCCAGAUCAGCAGAGGCUGAUCUUUGCCGGAAAGCAGCUGGAAGAUGGGCGCACCCUGUCCGACUACAACAUCCAGAAAGAAUCCACUCUGCACUUGGUCCUGCGCCUCAGAGGUGGUAUGCAGAUCUUUGUGAAAACCUUGACGGGCAAAACCAUCACCCUAGAGGUAGAGCCCAGUGACACCAUUGAGAAUGUCAAGGCCAAAAUCCAAGACAAAGAAGGCAUUCCUCCAGAUCAGCAGAGGCUGAUCUUUGCCGGAAAGCAGCUGGAAGAUGGGCGCACCCUGUCCGACUACAACAUCCAGAAAGAAUCCACUCUGCACUUGGUCCUGCGCCUCAGAGGUGGUAUGCAGAUCUUUGUGAAAACCUUGACGGGCAAAACCAUCACCCUAGAGGUAGAGCCCAGUGACACCAUUGAGAAUGUCAAGGCCAAAAUCCAAGACAAAGAAGGCAUUCCUCCAGAUCAGCAGAGGCUGAUUUUUGCCGGAAAGCAGCUGGAAGAUGGGCGCACCCUUUCCGACUACAACAUCCAGAAAGAAUCCACUCUGCACUUGGUCCUGCGUUUAAGAGGUGGUAUCUGAACUUGCUCCUACUAGCAUCUGAAUAAAAAUUUCACUGCACCUUGUUCCAAUAAAGCUGUUGCAUUCACAA